AUGGGGACGAGAGGGUUAUGGAAUCUACACUUUGCCGGAAAAUGGUAUCGUUUCCACGAUCGAAAAAGCCGUAUCUGCUCCCCACACGAGCCGGGAAUAGUGCGGCGAAUACAAUCCAUCGUGGCUUCGCUGGAUGACUUGAAGGGAUGGGAGCCAGUUCCCUUCCCCAGCCCGCUCCCGUCAAAUUUGGACUACGUGUACACGAUUGAUGUCGAUGCCGGGACUUUGACAAUCACUCGAUGGGAGAGCGUUGACGCCGUAUUACAACCUUUCCCCCGUCAGAUAAAGCUAUCCUGUCUCGACGAGUCCCACGGACUGACGCUGGACUCGCUAGAGAGGGCCCCGUCCGAGGUCUCAGCACUCACAGACAGUGAAGCGGUUUCGAUACCAGGAGUUAAAGUCGAGCUGCAAGGGCUUGAUAUUCGUCCUGGACCGCCAACACCGCUGAAUGAGCUACAGUUCCGAGUUUCCCUCGACUUUUGCUUUGUAUGGCGGGCUUUCAUUGACGAUCCAACAAGCUGGCGAUAUCCCUCCAUGGGGUUCAACACCCUUGCCAUUGGCCUUCUGCGUAUUGCGGCCUGGGAUCUUGAGGUGUCUUCUGACACUGAAAUUGAUUAUCCAGUUAACGGGGUAACCUUUCCUCGCUGGGAAGCGCCCCAAGCAGAUGUUUUCUGGUUCCAUGGAUACCUCGUCGUGCUUCACGCCACCAUCAAUACGGAUGUUUCGUUGUUGGCUGCUAUUUCCAAGGCUCAGUCAUUCCUUCGCCUAUCCCACAAAGAUACCGCUCAUCUAAUAAUCUUAUCGUUACGGCAUGUUGCCUUUGUUGAGAUCUCGUCCAGGCUUUCGUUUGCUGAGCCAUGUUCUAUCUUCGUCCUGCUGGAGGGCAUCCUUGGCCCAGAGGGAGCAGCUCGGGUUUGGUCUGCCAAUGGAAAUCCUGGAUCUCGUUCUUGGAUCCUGCACCCCCAAGGCCGCACUGACACUGUCACAAGCUUCCUAUAUUUUCCAAGAACGGUAUUACUCAAUGAUUCCGCAGCUUCCGGGUCUAUCACUGCAAACUUUUAA